UCGCGCGUGCGGAGCGGAUCCUUUGUGUGGCUGCGAGUAAAGUUAUAAUGACGCCAGCGCCGCGUCCUCCCGCAUCCGCAGCCCCGCAGAACUUGGGCUGUUAACACUCGCCCGUCUCGGACAACUUGCUCCGCGUCGUCGUGACUAUUCGACUGAGGGGGUUCGCCGAGAAAAGUGGAUUAUUAUCGAUCUGAUACCGACGGGUCAGUCGCAGCCCGUACACGCGUGUUAGUGUAUUUAAACUGUCACACCGUCGUGUUUCCUUUCGCCUUCGGCGAAGUUAAAACCAUGACCAUGCCGGCCGGAGAAACGGAGCCGCCGCUUCGUGGCAGCAGUGGAAAAUCGGUGCCGCUGAGGAAGGCAGCUUUCGUUAUGGUCACGCUUCUUUGUAAAGCACUUUGCACGCAGUCUGCAUCCUUCUACUUCACAAAGGAGCCCACAUCCCAGGAUGCACUGCAUGGCCGCAGCGCCAUGCUGCGGUGUGAGGUGAGCGACCCGGAGGGCGUGUCUUACACCUGGCUGCAGAACGGCCAGGCGCUCUCGCACUCGGAACGCCGCUACCAGGAGGGAGGCAACCUCAAGUUCACAGCCAUCGACCGGACCCUGGACUCCGGCAGCUUCCAGUGUGUGGCCACCAAAAACCUCACGGGAGAAGAGGAACACACGAGCGAGGCGUAUUUCAACAUCAAAUGGUUGGAGAGUGGUGGAGUAACUCUUCAGAGUCCAGCCUCAGAGGCACAGAUUGUGAGCUCUUCACCCGUGAUCUUGCGCUGUAACAUCGAUGGGCACCCCCGGCCCACGAGUCGAUGGUACAGAGAUGGGCUGCUGAUGUCAGAGAAGACGAACAACAAGAACCGCACGCUGUCCCUGCCGAGCGCCAGCCCGGACCACAACGGAGUCUAUUACUGCUGUGGCAAAAACACAGCAGGCCAAGUGUGCAGUGCCACCAACUUCACUCUUAACAUCAUAGAUAAGAGUUUCCCGCGGCCCGUGGUGAAGCCCGAGGACCUGGUGGUGCAGAAGAACGAGGAGGCCCAGUUCCACUGCCGCUUUACCGCUGAGCCCCCACCCACCGUGGAGUGGUACCACGAGAAGGAGCUCGUCUCCAACAAGAGCCGCGUCUUCCUCCUGAGCAACGGCUCACUCGUGAUCAGCCAGGUAAAGCAGCGCAAUACCGGCCGCUACAGGUGUGUGGCGCAGGGACUCCGGGGCCCUCCCGUCUCGCUGGAGGCUUUUCUAAGAAUAGCUGAGAUCGAGGACAUGCAGGCACGGCAGUCCCGGGUCUUCACGGCAGACUCCCUGGAGCGGGUGUCGUGCCGGCCACCCCGCGGGCACCCGGAGCCGGAGGUGUGGUGGGAGCACGCGGGCCAGCGCGUGCCUACGACAGGCCGGGUCUACCAGGACGGGCUGGACCUCAUGUUCAGACCCACAAAGGGAGAGGACUCGGGCACCUACACCUGCUUUGCCCAGAAUAAAGCAGGCCAGAGGAAACAUGAGCUCACGGUGACCGUGGCCACUGCACCUGAAUGGGUUCAGAAGCCCAAGGACACUCAAAUGGAAGAAGGGCAUUCUGGGUAUUUACACUGUGAGACACGUGCUACGCCUGACCCGGAAGUCACAUGGUACCGCAACAUGCAGCCAAUCAGUGUUGAGGAUGCGCGUUUCAAGCAGUUUCCCAACGGGACACUCCGCAUCAACAGUGUGGAGGUGUACGAUGGCCACGUGUACAGCUGCGAAAGUCGAACUGAAGCAGGAAGAUUAACUGCACAGGCCAAAGUCUUUGUACUGGAGCGGCUGAAGUUCACGCCGACGCCACAGUCCUGGCAGUGUCUGGAGCUGGAGAAGGGAGCCAUCGUGCAGUGCUCUGCCAAAGGCCGCCCGGCGCCCACCGUCCGAUGGACCAAAGACGGUGACGGUGAAAUCCUAGGCUGGAUGGAACAGAAUGGGGGCACACUGCACUUCCCCAGAGUGACGCGGUCGGAUGCAGGGAACUACACCUGUGUGGCCUCCAACAGUGUGCAAGGAGAGAUCCGAGCAGUAGUCCAGCUGACCGUAGCAGUGUUCGUGGUGUUUAAGUUGAAGCCGGAGAACACGACGGUGUACCAGGGCCACACGGCCGUGCUGCACUGCCAGGCUGCAGGAGACCCGCUGCCCAUCAUCCAGUGGAAGAAGAAAGACAAGUUCCUGGAGGCCAGCGGGAGCAGGUUCCAGAUGAUGCCCAACGGCUCUCUGGUCAUUAGCGACGUCGCCCCGGAGGACACAGGGAGCUACACGUGCAUCGCUGGGAACAGCUGCAACAUCGCACACACCACGGCAGAGCUCUACGCUGUGGAGAAGCCCGGGCUCUCCCUGGCCCAUGAUGAAAAGGCUCCCUACAAGAUGAUCCAGACCGUGGGCCUGUCGGUGGGGGCGGCUGUUGCCUACAUCAUCGUUGUACUGGGUCUCAUGUUCUACUGCAAGCAGAGACGUAAGGCCAAGAGACUACAGAAGGGCCAGAGCCAGGACGAGCCUGAGACCGAGUGUCUCAAUGGAGGCACAGUGCGUCAGAACGGCCAGGCUACAGCAGAGAUUCAGGACGAGGUAGCGCUGACCAACACGGCUGCUGCUGGGAGCAACAAACGCCACAGCACUCAAGAGAAGCUGUACUUCCCCCGGACCAACCUGCGCACCAUCGCAACACUGGGUAAGGGGGAGUUUGGUGAAGUGUUCCUAGCCAAGGCGAAGAUAAGUGAGGAAGAGGAAGUUGUUCUAGUGAAGAGUCUGCAGUCUCGGGACGAGCAGCUGCACACAGAGUUCCGCCGUGAGAGUGACAUGUUUGCCAAACUGAGCCACCCCAACAUCACGCAUCUGCUGGGCCUGUGCAGAGACUCCGAGCCGCACUACAUGGUCCUAGAAUACACAGACACGAGUGACCUGAAGCAGUACCUGAAAACCUCCAACAGCAGUGACGAGAAAGUCAAAGUACAGCCGUUCAGCACUAAGCAAAAGGUGUGGGUGUGUCUGCAGGUUGCCAGGGCGAUGGAACACCUGUCCAGUCAGCGCUUUGUCCAUAGGGACCUAGCUGCACGCAACUGCCUCAUCAGCUCCAAGCGGCAUGUGAAAGUGUCGGCUCUAGGACUGAGCAAAGACGUAUACAACAGUGAGUAUUUCCAUUAUCGUCAGGCCUGGAUCCCCCUACGUUGGCUCCCAUCUGAGUCUGUGUUUGAGGACGACUUCUCCACCAAGUCAGACGUCUGGUCGUUCGGAGUCCUCAUGUGGGAGGUUUUCAGCCUUGGAGAGCUACCGCACGUAGAACUUGCAGACGACAAGGUGCUGGAAGGGCUUCAGCAGGGUACGCUGAAACUGCCCCCACCGCAGGGCUGCCCCUCCAGGGUCUACAAACUCAUGCUGCACUGCUGGGCCACCAGCCCCAAGGACAGAGUCUCCUUCAGUGACGUCGCCACGGCCCUGGGUGAGCUCCCGUCCGAGAGCAAAGUGUGAAGGGAUAAGAACGGGAUAAGGGAGAGACCAGGGACCGAAGCAGAGCACUUGGGUUGGCCUGCUAAGACUGAAAGCCAUCAUCUCGGAUCCCAUCUCCUCAUCACAAAUCGACCCAACCGCUUCAGAACAAGGGCUGGAUAUUUUUGUGUUAUUAGCCUCUUUCUUGCCCGUUAGCCCCGUCAGUAGGUGACCUGUAUGAGGAAGUUGCUUAUUGUCUUGGGACAAACCAUAUUAAAUUUGCAUAUAGAAUCUGGUUCUGAACUACAUUUGUUAAAAUGCCUGUCCAGCCACUCCUGCUUAUGGUUCAGUUAGUGUGAACAGGAGGAGAAAGGGUUUUCAUAUAGAGAAUAGGUGUUAUGGUUUUUUAAAACCAUGCACUGACAAAUCUGGAUUUUUUGUAUUACAGAAGGAUUGUUCCAGGAACCUUUUAAUUUAUUUUAAAGGUUCUGGUUGUGCUUUUACUGUACAGCAUGGUACUGUUUGAUAUUCCUUUUAUUCGUUAGGUGGUUUUUAGAAUUCAGAUUAAAACAAAUUUAAAGAUAACUGAAGCAAUGGUUAAAUGAUGACAUGAGGUCAUUGACAUAAGGGUGACGUGGUAAACUGAUGCCUGUAAAAUGAAGGAUGUAUUUUUACACUAUUUUUCAAAUGCUUUGUAUUUGUUUUUGAGUGUUUUAGAAAAUUGUCUUUUUGGGGGGGGGGGGGGGUGUUUUUUUAACAGAUACACUCAUUGGAUGUGUUAAAAUUACAGAAAAAUGUAAUAAGACAUGAGACAAGAAAAGGAUGUAUUCUGUUGAUGCAAUAAAGAUCCACCUUUUGCAACCUUU